CAUCCGGGUACGUCAUCACUCGCCGUCACCCGGCACUUUGACAGUCUUCGCCACAUUUGGGUCCAGUUUUAUAAAAGUUGACUGUGCAUCUCGGGUUUUUUGGACAAUAUUAUGGCCGAAGAGGCAGUCGCCGAGAAAAUGAGUGAAUUGCAAGUUAACGAAGGCAAAAAGGGAGGAGCCGAAAGCAAAAAGAAGACCAAAGGAGCAGCGGGAGAGACUGCAGGAAGAGCCGAGCUCUCACCACCUCCUGAAUACAUUGAAGAGCGACUUUCGUUAUAUGCAAAGUUGAAAGCAGAGCAUGAUGCCCUGAUCGCACAGCGGGCUUCAAAUGAGAGCAAACCUAUAAAGGUGACCCUGCCGGAUGGAAAGGUGGUUGAUGCUGAAUCCUGGAAAACCACUCCGUACCAGAUUGCAUCUGGUAUCAGGUAUUUUUUACCAAUAACCAGUCAUGUGUAUAUGACUACAGUACUUAUGUUGGCAAUCUUCUGUAAUUUGAUGUUCUAUUUAUGCCUGUUCAGUCAAGGUCUUGCUGACAACACAGUGAUUGCCAAAGUAAACAACGGUGUGUGGGACCUGGAUAGACCUUUAGAAGAAGACUGUACCCUACAGUUGCUCAAGUUUGAUGAUGAUGAGGCUCAAGCUGUUUACUGGCAUUCUAGUGCUCACAUUUUGGGAGAAGCUAUGGAGAGAGUGUAUGGUGGCUGUCUCUGCUAUGGACCUCCUAUUGAGAAUGGCUUCUACUAUGACAUGUUCCUGGAUAACAACGAAGGAGUAUCAAGCAAUGACUUCCCUGGCUUGGAGAACUUGUGCAAAAAAAUCAUCAAAGAGAAGCAGCCAUUUGAGCGACUGGAGAUUAAGAAGGAGACCUUACUCGAAAUGUUUAAGUACAAUAAGUUCAAGUGCCGCAUCCUGAACGAGAAGGUUACCACACCUACUACUACUGUGUACAGGUGUGGCCCUUUGAUUGACUUGUGCAGAGGGCCCCAUGUUAGACACACUGGAAAAAUUAAGGCCCUCAAGAUCCACAAGAAUUCAUCUACAUACUGGGAAGGAAAGGCGGACAUGGAAACUCUCCAGAGGAUCUAUGGCAUCUCGUUCCCCGACCCCAAAAUGCUCAAAGAGUGGGAGAAGUUCCAGGAGGAAGCCAAGAACAGAGACCACCGCAAACUGGGCCGAGAGCAGGAUCUGUUCUUCUUCCAUGACCUGAGCCCUGGCAGCUGCUUUUUCCUGCCUAAAGGCGCCUACAUCUACAACACCCUGGUUGAGUUCAUUCGAAGUGAAUACAGAAAAAGGGGUUUCCAGGAGGUGGUGACCCCAAAUAUCUACAACAGCAAACUGUGGCAGACCUCUGGGCACUGGCAGCACUACAGCGAGAACAUGUUCUCCUUCGAGGUGGAAAAGGAGACGUUCGCUCUAAAACCAAUGAACUGCCCUGGACACUGCCUGAUGUUUGACCACCGGCCGCGCUCCUGGAGAGAGCUGCCUCUGCGCAUGGCUGAUUUCGGCGUGCUGCACAGGAACGAGCUGUCGGGGGCGCUGACGGGCCUCACCAGAGUGCGUCGAUUCCAGCAGGACGACGCACACAUCUUCUGCUCCAUGGACCAGAUUGAGGAUGAGAUCAAAGGCUGCCUGGACUUCCUGAGGACGGUUUAUGACGUGUUUGGCUUCACUUUCAAACUCAAUCUUUCUACGCGGCCAGAGAAGUUCCUGGGAGAGCCACAAAUCUGGGACCAAGCAGAAAAGCAACUUGAAAACAGCCUGAAUGAGUUUGGUGAAAAAUGGGUGCUCAACCCUGGUGAUGGAGCAUUCUAUGGACCAAAGAUUGACAUUCAGAUCAAGGAUGCUAUCGGACGAUACCAUCAGUGUGCUACUAUUCAGCUGGAUUUCCAACUGCCAAUCCGCUUCAAUCUCACCUUCGUCAGUCAUGACGGAGAUGACAAGAAGAGGCCCGUGAUCAUCCAUAGAGCCAUCCUGGGGUCAGUGGAGAGGAUGAUCGCCAUUCUGACUGAAAACUACGGAGGCAAAUGGCCGCUGUGGCUCUCUCCUCGCCAAGUGAUGCUGGUGCCAGUGGGACCAACCUGUGAAGAGUACGCCCAGAAGGUCCGACAGGAGUUCCACAAUGCAGGCUUCAUGAGUGAUGUCGACCUGGAUCCUGGCUGCACUCUGAACAAGAAGAUCAGGAACGCACAGCUGGCUCAGUACAACUUCAUCCUGGUGGUGGGAGAAAAGGAGAAGACCAGUAACACAGUGAAUGUCCGCACCCGUGACAACAAGGUGCACGGCGAACGCAGCGUGGAGGAGUGUAUUGAGCGACUGAAGCAGCUCAAAUCCACCAGAAGUCGGAACGCUGAAGAAGAGUUUUGAAUGUGCUCAAUUUGUCACCGGUUGUUGUAGGUCUGGUGACUGUAUCUGUCCAGAGUCAUACGAAAUCUGAAUGUGGGAUGAAGGUAAACUGUAUUUUUCCACUGUAAUGAACAAAUAUUAUGAUGUUUUUGUUGUUUUUACUUUCAUAAAUGCAGUGCUGUAAAAUGCAUUGUACAUAAUCAUAAUCAUGCCACUAUGCAACUGCUGGUCUCCAUGGAGAUGGUAUCGCUUUGCGGGUAAUGUACCAUAGUGUGGAAUUUAACCUUUCAUCCAGUUACAAGUUACAUUACAUUGCUAAAAAAAAAUCUUGGAGAAAGGUAGUGAAGAGACAUUUAAUGCUACACUGUGGAACAUUCCAGGCAAAGCAAUAUUACCUCCAGCGAACAUGUGGCAGACCCUUGACCACAAAAUUACAUAGUGAACCUUUUCAAAUAAGCCGAUUCUCAAAUGAUAACUGUAUCAUUUAGAACUUGUCAAAAGCUCAGUACAACAAAGGGAAUGGUUUUGGAAGCGUCGUAAUCAUUUGGUUAUCUGUAACACCAGGGAAUUGUACAUGAUUUACAAUGGUUGAAAACUAAACUGUUUUUCAUGCCAGUACAAAAGUGUUCUUUAUUACUCUUUUCAGAUUUUGAUUCUUGUGGUUUUCUUUCAAAUCUUCACUCAUUAAAAAGCGUUCCAGUCUUGUUGAA